GUCUCCUCUAACCACACCCACGACGCUCAAAUGGCUCCCCCCCUCCCGCGCCGCCGCUCCUCUUCCGCCCGCGCCGUCGAUGGGAUCCGCUCCUCCUCGCCCGGACAUGCCCGUCCCCGGCCUCCUCCUCCCCUUCCCCGUCCGCUGCGCCAUGGUCGACCUCCUGAAGUCCUCCGCUCCUUGCUCGUCCGCUGCGCCAUGGUCGACUUCGUGAAUUACCUCAAGUCCUCCUUGUCCUCCGGCGAGGUGAAGCUGCUCUUUGCCGCCGACCAAUUCCGCAAGUCACCCGGUUCUGAUGGUGCAAAGCUUCUGGCUACCAAGGCAAAGGGCUUACCUCGCAUCACCAUUUCUCUCCAUAGUGUUACUGGCGCUGCGACGAGUGAUGCGAUAGCCGAGUUCUCGCUGUUGCUCUGUUCAGGUUCUGAUGGUGCAAAGCUUGGACUGCACGGGAGCUUGCACCCAAAGAACAAGAACAAAUGUCACAACUGAUGGGGAGUCUGUCAACUGAAAGAGUAGGUCAUCUUAUCUCCUGUCAUAACCAAUACUUUCGAAUAGUGUUGUUCGUGUUGUUGCUGCUGCUGCUUGAUGAAUACAGUAGUGUAUAUGGGAUCAUGAGUGUCGCUCACUGAAUCUACAUAAUUUCUUGUUCUGUCGAAUAGUUUUCAAUAUAGUAGUUUAACAGCUUUCAUUCACUUUGUACAUGGCAUGUUUUUUGAUCUCUUCUUCGAGUGCCGCCCAAGAGCUUGGUUUUACAAUGAGAUGGAAGAAGUCAUGUUCAUCUGUCCAUCCUUCCCCUGAUCUAAACUUUUGCAAGGUAAGUACAAUAUUCUUUGCAUUGUCACCGUUUAGACACAUCUCUUAUCCUACUGGGACAGCAUGUUGUCUGGCAUUCUGUUUUCUUAAGUACAGUAAUAAUGGUUUUUGCUCUUCCUGCCAAACCUGACAUUCAAAAUGCUGAAUAAAUAGCUGAGAACAAAUCAUUACAUAAUUUUCUGCUGAAUUUCGUCAUAUGUAUUUGAUUCCUAACUCAGUUACUAGAUGUUUGACGACCAUUAGUAGCAAAAAUUAUGGGGACGAAAUGGUGUGCUUCACUCUUGUCUUGUACUAUUCCUCCAAGAAUGGUUGGGAUGAAUCACUGCGGCUGCCCUCUGUGAAUGAUAACCAGUUUGUAAGAUAUUUCAAAGACCAUCUUGACAUAUUUGUCGUAUUUAUGUUAAAUGAUAGUCGCAUAUUGUCAGGUUUGUGGCAGUUUUGAUAGCACUUUCUUGUAUCUU